AUGGCCGCAAAGACACCCAAGAACCUCCGCCCCCUCAACCGGUACAUCACCACCCACAAUGCCGAAGGAAAAGCCAUCUUCUCCAACACUCUCUCCGAGGAAAUGCCCCUCCAACACAUCCCAGAUGGCGCAGACUUCAGUCUCGCCUAUACCUCGGACCAUUUCCCCGCCCAACUGAACAACGACGCCGAUAUCAACGAGUACGCCGGCUACCUCAGCUCUCCCCCGGGCAUCACAAUCUCCGGCGGCAACGUCUGCCGUAUCGUCGAUAUUCAGCCCGGCUCAUUGAGCCCCAUGCACCGCACCGUGUCGCUGGAUUACGGUGUCGUUCUGGAGGGCGAGGUGGAGCUUGUUUUGGAUUCGGGGGAGACGAGACUUCUCAAGCGUGGUGAUGUUGCUAUUCAGCGUGGUACUAAUCAUGCUUGGCGGAAUGUUACUCCUGAUGUUGUUGAUCCUGUGACGGGUGAGCGUACGCCGCAGUGGGCGCGUAUGUUGUAUGUUCUUUCUCCGAGCCAGCCUAUUGAGAUUGGGGGGAAGGGAUUGGGGGAGGUUGUUGAUGGUAUUGGUGUUCGCGCUAGCACUUAG